AUGGCCAUCUUGAAACUGUCCAGUGUGUUUGGUGUGCUGGUGGUGCUGCUAGUAGCAACCACCACGGUAAUGGGUGCCGGAGUUGCAACCCGUCCCUGUUCCGACGGACGUCCGACACCGAGCGAGGUGCGCGUUGAGGGCUGUACCGUUCCACCGUGUGAUUUGGUGCGUGGAUCGGACGCCAUCAUGGACAUGGACUUUACGGCUCCAUUUGCGGCGGAUAAUCUGCGCACGGAAGUGGUCGCAACGGCACUGGGCGUGACGGCCCCUUUCGAGCUUCCGGCGGACCGUGCAGCGGCGUGCAAUUGGUUGCUGAACGCACAGUGCCCGGUCAGCGCUGGCGAGGACAUUACAUACCGUUUGAGUAUGCCGGUGUUGCUGAUCUACCCGCGCGUAAGCCUUACGGUGGAAAUUAAUCUGGUGGAUGAUGCUGGACAGUCGUUGGCUUGCUUUUUGCUUGAUGCUCGUGUCGUUUCGGGCCGUGCAGCGUAA